AUGGGGAGUGUGCAUUGUUUUGUGGCAGGAGCAACCUGUGUCUUAAAGAAGAAGUUUUCAGCCUCUCAGUUUUGGACUGACUGCAGAAAACAUGAAGUGACCAUAUUCCAGUACAUCGGUGAACUCUGCAGGUACCUCUGCAAUCAGCCUAAGACAGAGUUGGACAAAGUUCACAAGGUUAAAAUGGGAGUUGGGAAUGGGCUGCGACAGGAUGUCUGGCGGGAGUUCCUAAGUCGUUUUGGGAACAUCAGAAUGUGCGAGGUGUAUGGCUCCACCGAGGGAAACUUGUGUUUCAUGAACCACAUAGGGAAGAUUGGAACUGUGGGUCGCUCCAACCUUGUUUACAGGCUCCUGUUCAAGUAUGAUCUAGUGAAAUACGACAUGGUACAGGAUGAACCAGUGAAAGAUGAAAGUGGUUUCUGUCGACGAGUGGAGAAGGGAGAGACUGGUCUUCUUCUGUCCAAGGUGUGCGCAACCAGCCCCUUCUUUGGCUAUGCUGGAAGCAAGCAGUUGACUGAGAAGAAGCUGAUGAGGGAUGUUUUUGUGAAGGGGGAUGCCUACGUUAACACAGGGGACCUCAUGGCUGAAGAUCACAAGGGCUUCAUCUGCUUCAGAGACAGAGUAGGAGACACUUUCAGGUGGAAAGGUGAAAAUGUAGCAACCACAGAGGUAACAGAGAUUCUUGGGCUGGUGGAUUUUAUUCAAGAGAUCAGUGUGUAUGGAGUGGAAAUACCAGGGCAUGAGGGCAGAGCAGGAAUGGCAGCAUUGAUUGUAAGACCUGGCGUCUCGUUUGAUGGGAAGAAGCUGUUCGAACAUGCAGUGAGGGAUCUACCAGUGUAUGCUCGCCCCCUCUUCGUAAGACUUCAGGAGGUCAUAGAAAUGACGAGUACCUUCAAGCAUCAGAAGUUCCAGCUGGUGCAGAGCGGCUUCAACCCCUCAACUAUCUCUGACCUGCUCUACGUGUUGGACUACGAACAGAAGAGCUACAUUCCCCUAACGGAGGAGAUCUACCAGAGCAUCAUCAGAGGAGAACGAAAGCUGUAGACCAGUGUGACCAACAGAGAGAGGAACAAGUUGAAUUUUUAUUUUGUGUAUGUUUUUUAGUCGGUAGAGAGCCGUACACCUCCAAUCACUUUGAAGGAAGACCUCGACCAAUCAGCAGAGAGGAGGGACCUGACGUGCUGCUGCGAAGAGAAAUGUCAGAAGCACUUCUAACUCGAUGAACCUGAAUGUCUCACCACAAAUCACCUCUUCUUGUUUCAAACAAAACAUCAAGUUAAAAGAGUUUUAUAUGGCAAAUCAGAUUCCUUAUUUUUAUUUCGUUGUGUUUAAUUUGUUUUGAAAACAGUGCCACAUAUGGCUCCGACAUUACACUGAAUCAAACACUUUUUAGACAACAAAAUGUUAAAGUAGUCAAUACUUUUAUAAAGAGUUUUACAAUGUAAACAAAAAAAUUUAUAAUUACUGUUUAUUUAAACCUCUUUAAAGCACUUUAAUUUUCCAAAGAAAGUUUAAAAGUUCACAAAUUAAAUGGUAUAAAUGAAG